GUCAUCAACACCUCCAUCAUCCGCAGGUGGAAUGGGUUUGUCCCCAGGCGAAAGACGACUCGCUCGUUUCUUAUGCUAUUCCCUCGCGGUUAUUGUUGUCAUCGCUUUCGUCCUCUGGCCGCCCGUCUCUUAUGCCUCAGUGACGGCGCAGAAAGGGAUACAGGGCGCCCGAGACCACCUAGAUUCUAUAAGAAAUGAGACCCUGGGGGUCCAAAAGGUGUUCGCUAUCAGUCUUCCUAGUAGAUUGGAUAAACGCGACAACAUUGUCCUGGGUUCGUCUGUCAGCGACUUCCAUGUUGAAUUUAUCGACGGGAUGGUUCCAGAUGAGAUAGACCCAAAGACCUACCCCUAUAACUGGAACUAUGAUAAUCGACCAGUUGAGUACGCAGCUCGACGAUCACACGUCAAUGCAAUGCAAAAGAUUGUGAGCGAAAGACUCGGCAGCGCCAUUAUUAUGGAGGACGAUGCGGACUGGGAUGUAUCCAUCAAAACUCAGCUCCAAAACCUCGCCAUUGCAGUCCGGGCUCUUCAGCAAGACGAUCCUGUCUCGGACUCGCCAUACGGCCAUGAUUGGGAUAUUCUCUGGCUAGGACAUUGUGGCCUUGAAUGCCACACUCAGCAACCUUCUUUCAUAACGCCAAAUGACUCUACUGUUCUCCCACCCCAUCACUUCUUACCAUACUGGCGCGACCCCCCACCGGUCCACAGGCCAGAUGACUCGCGCCUAACAUGCACAGUGAGCGACGGGGUUUGCUCUAUCGUCUAUGCCGUGAGCUUUCGCGGGGCACAACGGAUUCUAGCCGCCCUAUCGGUAAACCCAUCCGACAUCGCAGAGAAAAUUGACAUCGGGGCGCAGUUUGACGUCUCCCUGGGCCGUAUGUGUGGGAAUAGGUUCUUGACGUGUUUUGGAGCAUACCCCUCUCUUACUGGUGGUUACAAGGCGGCUGGGCCGGCAGCAAAAGGGUCUGAUAUCAAUGGCCCUGCUGUGGACGGCGGGCCAGUCGAGGGUCCCUUUAGUAGUGGUGUCAUGUAUAGCACGAUGCUCAAUAUUAACCGGCUUCUAAAUGGAGAAACGAUUGUUCGCUCGACUUGGGAUGAUGCUCUGGUGCCAGAAAUUGACCCUCGUAGUAUCCCUGUGCUAGGAGGGAAUUUACAGGGUUGAACUAGGACAGUUGGCGAAUGGUUCUAUUGAAUGAUUUAGCUUUGAUUUUAUAAUAUCCCAUUUCUGCUGAUCGAUACAAGUAACACUUAUAUCCGAGUUCUC